UAUAUACUUUGAUGAAUUUAAGUUUUGAUCGUUAUUGGGGUAUUUCCACUCAAAUUUUUUAUGUGUAGUUGUUGGUUAAUUUUGUCUGUCUUUUUUAGCUCGGAUAUUGGUGAACAAGCAUAUACUAUCUUACAUUCUUACUGCUUCUUCAAUCUUGUGUACUUUCAAAUCGUGAAGUGUUUUAGUUUGCAAAGAAAUAAUAGUUUAUUUAUCUAAAUAAAAUCUAUGUAUGUAUCCUAUGCAAUUCUCUUUACAUCGUGAUGAAAAUCCUCAACUGUUUUAUGUUGCUUUAAUUGUAUUUCUUUUCUUUUCGACCAAUCUUGAACUUUGAUCAUAAAAGACUUUCUGUAUAUUCAGCAAUAGAUGGAGUGGGAGAGAGAGAGAGAGGGGGAGACUAGAUUUUGUGCAAAAAUUUAUCAUGUCUUGUUGCAAAUUUGAAGCUAUAUAAUAAACUUGAUAAGUUUACGAAGGACUGUCUAUAUAUAAGAUACUAUAUGGUUAUUGAAGAAGAGAUUAACAAAAGGUUCAUGGGUCAAGAAAACUCAAUAACUUAUCUUGUCUCAUCAAUAGUUGGAAAAUUGUUGCAAAUGGGAUUCAGUUUUUUUUUUUUCUUUUUUCGUAGGCUUUCAAGAUCAAAAAUUAUAGAAGACAAUAACUUCUUUAGAAUUGAUUGCUAGAUGAGCUUUCGAUCACCUGACCUCCCUCCAUCCUUAACCAGAUGUCUAGGGUUUAAGUCUUAGGAAUUAAAAAAAAAACUCUAUUAGGGAGCUCUUCCCUUUUAGCUGGCCAUACACAUCUCGAAUCUAAUAUAACCAGGCCCAUGAGUCCCGAAUACCAGACUAUUUUUUAAAAAAAAAAUGAGCUUUAAUGUUUUAUGUUACUGUACAUUAUGUUACUGUAUCUGAGGUGCCGUACUUCGCUCCUUGUCCAAGGGUCAGAUGACUCAUGAGCUUUAUUUGGAAAAAAAAAAUCAUGGUUUUAGUGAUUAAAAUUAGAAAAAUAUAGAUGUUAAUCAUUUUUUCUUCUGUAUUGACCUUGCGAAUUUCCUGUCUCACAAAUGGUAGAACUUGAUCAUAACUCUUAACUUAAAUUCUAACCAGCUGAAGUUUGAUCACGUUCAAGUAUCACUUAACUAAGUUUUAGUUUCAAAAUAUUAGUUGGGGUUGGUUACAUGAAUCCUUUGUAUUCGUUCCAUUUCUAUGGAGCUCAUUUCUUUCAAGUAGUAAAUAAUUUCUCUUUUAAACAAACCUAAUCUAAGUGCAAACAAUAGCUAAAAUCUUAAUCCCAGCUAGGUCGGAUCUCCUAUAUGGAUCAUUUGCUUCCAUUUUAUUUUAUUCUUAGUUAAGUUCGUAUUGAUUUCAAGAGAUUGUUGAUCUUUUAAGGUAACUUACUUACAUCCGAUUGAUAUGCACCUUGUCUCGUUUUAGUAUCUUCAAUCAUCAGUCUCCGAUCUUCGCAUUACUUCAUUUAAAGGUCUAUGUAGGACAUGGUAGAAACAUCUCAGAUGAUCUUCUUCCAUUUUAUCUUCUAUGUGUGCUACUUGCACGCUUUGCUCACUCAUUUGACCAUUUCUACUCUUGUCAAUCUUAUUUGAUUGCAUAUCCAUCCUAGCAUUCGCAUUUUUUAAAACAAUCAUCUUGUGGUUAUUUUGAGCUUCUAAGACUCAACAUUUAUUCCUAUAAUAUUAGUAUUGUCGAUAGGUGUGAGAGGUUGGCCAUGGAUGGUUUCAGACGAGGUAGGGGUAGGCCGAAGAAGUAUUGGGGAGAGGUAAUUAGACACGACCUGUCGCAAUUACAGUUUACCGAGGACAUGACCUUAGAUAGGAGGGUUUGGAGGACCCAAAUUAGGGUAGAAGGCUAGUAGAUAGUCUCGUUAUCCGUUCUUAUUAGUAGUCGCAUUAUCGCAAUAUAAUUUCUUGUGCUCCGAUUUCUGCUAUUAUCUGCUAUUUCCUGUGCUUUGAUUAUCCUGUGGUAUCUGUGUCGCUUGCAUUAUUUCAUUUUCUUAUCGCUUUGAAUCUUUUAGCCUUAUCUGACUUCUUUUUAUGCUUUUAUUGAGCUGAGGGUCUUUCGGAAACAGCCGUCCUACCUUGAUAGGAGUAAGGUCUGCGUACACUCUACCCUCCCCAGACCCCACGAUGUGGGAUUUCACUGGGUUGUUGUUGUAUUAGUGUUGCCGAUCUCAGGAUUGUUCUAUAAAAACUUGCCUUUUACUUUUUGAGGACGACCUUGGUAAUGCAGAUGUAGUCCAUUGGUUUUGUUAAAUCUUGUUAUUGAUCACUAAAUUCCGCAAAACUGUCCUCCAUUGUAACGGAUUUUAAACCGAAUUAAAAUGGAAGCAUCAAAAUUCGACAUUGAAUUACAAGCCUUAUCUGGAAAUGAUUCUGAUGUAACAAGCCAAGUUGCUUCCAACAUUGAGUUUUCUCAAUUAAGUUCCGAACCUGUUUCACUUGAUUUAUCACUCUGCCUUAAUUCUGGUAUCGACGAGUUGGCCAGCCAAGAUUCAAUAGGAUUUUCAGUAUCCAGUACGUGCGAAAGCAGCAAUGAACUCGCAGCAUCACCAAAUUCAGGAGAAGCAGCAGUUAGAAGAGUUUUCACUUGCAAUUUCUGCAAGCGUAAAUUCUACAGCUCACAGGCACUUGGCGGUCACCAGAAUGCUCACAAACGAGAGAGAACAUUAGCAAAACGAGCUAUGAGGAUGGGGAUUUUCUCGGAAAGGUAUGCUAAUUUAGCUGCUUUGCCAUUGCACGGGUCCACUGCACGGUCGUUAGGGAUCAAAGCGCAUUCGUCAGUGCACGGAUUUCCACCAGCAAUGGGAUCACUUGAUUUCAGGACGAGCGCGAGAUUUGACUAUGGACACCAGUAUCAGCAGGGCCCGCCAUUAUACGUGGAGGAUAUCGAUGGGGCUGAUCAAUUAUUAUGGCCUGGAAGUUUUCGUCAAGUAACUAACGCUGAUUGCUCUGAUCAUCGUCCUACGAUUACUUUUACUGGAUGUUCGAAUGUGAAUUCUGUAGAGUGGACUCCAUCUGUCGAAAAAGAUGAAUUGACACCAGAUCUCACACUGAGGCUUUGAGCUGUUGAAACUGAAAAAUGUGUGUAUUUUGAAAUAUAUAUAUAUAUAACUUAACGAACGAUAUGUGCUCGUUUCCAUAUCCUUGUAUUCGAGAUCUUUGCUCCAGUACCAGCUCAGGUCAGUGUAUUGGGAAUAUUGUUAGUUGAUUGCUGUACAAUGUAUUGAUAAGACUUGCAACAAUGGUCCAAUUUUAGUAUUUACUUUUCACAAAUGUUGCUACAGUAUUAAGUAGGUAAUGAUUGUAAUUGACAAAUUUCAUGGUGUGUAAUCUUAAUCCUAAUAGAGAAACAGAGUUUUGUGUU